CGCUCCCGCUCGCCCUUGCCAUCCCUGGUGCCCUUUGGAUCGGGACGGCGCGGGCGCAGCAGCUGCUAGGGGGGCUCGUCUGGAUUCUGGUCGCCUCCUCCAACGUCCCUCUACCUCUGCUACAAGGAUGGGUCAUGUUUGUGUCCGUGACCGCCUUCUUCUUUUCUCUCCUCUUCCUGGGCCUCUUCCUCUCUGGCAUGGUGACUCAAAUUAAUGCCAACUGGAACUUCCUGGAUUUUGCCUACCAUUUUGUGGUGUUUGUCUUCUACUUUGGAGCCUUUCUCCUGGAAGCUGCAGCCACCUCCCUGCAUGAUCUGCAGUGCAACUCCACCCUGUCCUUGCAGCCGCUCCUGAGUGACAGCCAGUACCGCAUAAACGUAGCAGCCACUGUUUUUGCCUUUAUGACGACAGCUUGUUAUGGUUGCAGUUUGGGUCUGGCCUUACGGAGAUGGCGACCGUAACACUCCUGGGAACUGACAAUGCUGUGUUAGUUUCACUUAUGUCCUUUACAUGUCUGAUCACUUUGGAUGGCAUUUUGUCCAGAUGUAACAACAUUCCAGAAGUAACUUGUUUAGUGUGGAUUGAAAAAUCAAAGUGGAGGCUUUUGUUGAUGAGUGGAAUUUUAAUUUUAUUAUGAUGUUAAAUACAGAAAUAUCCUUUCAUCGUUCUUUCUUUCUUUCCUUCUUUCUCUCUUUCUUCCUUUUUUUCGAGAAAUUUUUCCUUGUGUCCAUAAAAUACACAUACUCUUCAUGAAAAAGUACUAUUCCUUCAUGUGGUUACAAAGGUACCUGAACCUUAAUAGGUAACUAGAACUCCCUGAAAACUGCACAUUUCAAACAGGCUUCCCUGAAUUCCAUCCCGUAAUGUAAAAUAGGAAUUGGGGCACCAUUUCUACUAUGGAGUGCCAGAUAGCACAUAUUUAGGCUUUGAGGACCAACCCUCUCUGUCCCAGCUCUGCAGUGCUGCGGCUGUAACACGAAAGCAGCUAUAGAUGACAUAUAAAUGAACGAAUAGGUCUGUGUUCUUUACAAAAACGAGGCAGGCUAGAUUUGGCCCACAGUUUAGGGUUUGUUAACCGCUGGUAUAAAACCUUAGUUAUGUGUUCUAUAUUUUAUUGAAUGAUUGUGAAAGUUUAUAAGCCUAAUUAGACAAGCCACAUAUUUAGUCUCAUGCAAUAAUCACAUGCUUUUUACUAAUGGUCAAAUACCCUUGGAAGGGCAUAUAAUUUCUCAAGCUAACUCCAGCAGCCUUUGGUAUAGGAAAAAGUAAUUUAUGAAGGGAACCCUCAUUGCUUAAUCAAACUAAUGAUCUCCUAACAGCUGAGCAGCACUCUCCUCAGAGAGUUCUUGAAGUGGGAUCUCCAGAGACCAUUAAUCACCACUGGGACUUCUGUGUAGCUUCUUAUAUCUCACUCUGAUUUAUGCUUAGAAUGCAGUUGUUUGCCCUCUGCAUGAAUACAUAAAUAUUUAUGUAUGUGAUGCUUGUCCAAAUAGAGCUCUUUGAAGAGUUAACUUUUUAGCUCUAAUUAUUUUACAUUAUUUUCUGAGUUACAUUUGAAUAGACUAUUAAAUAUAACAUAAAGCUGUAGCUUCAUACACGUUCUGAUAAAUGCCCAGACAUCUCUCUUGUUUUUCUGUGUUGGGGAUUAACACAGUCAGUUUUUAAACAAUAGCAUAAAAACAGUCUCUGGAUUAUAGGGAAUGAUUUGGGCUCAUCUGUAGAGACUGUGGUCAUAGGAGAGGACACUGGAAGCCUCCAAAGGGAGACCAUGUAGGGUCAGGCCCCAGGUGUAACCCUAGCUGUCUACCCACAAGGUGCUUGCCUGUCACCACAAAGGGGCUGCCUGGGAAGGAGAACACUGGAGCACGUUCUUUCAACCCUCAGCUGUCAGGCUCAUCCUCUCCUCAGAGUGCCAUUACAACCUGCGCUGUUGGAAUUCAUGGGACAUAGAACAUUCAUAAAUGAGUAGCAUGGUCAGUGCUCACUGAGCACAUAGUGUUUGCCUCAGGCUCCCCUAGAAAGAUCUUGGCGGGCCUUCGUUUGUGAUAGGACUGUAAAGACAGGAGACGCGUUUUCAUAUGUGGUAUGAGGGAACCAGUCUUACAACUUUAUAAUCAUGUCAUAUCUUUUUUACAAAGCUUACUUCUUUGAUUUUUCUAGUUCUAUACCAUGUACCUAAGCCUGUAUUAUUAAUUAUACACUACAAAGUCAUAAAUGUGCCAUAAAGACAUACUGUGCAUUCUACUUGGAAUCAAUUAAAGGAAGUCUGCUAGAAUUUAGUUGUGAGAUUUUAUUUUUUUUCCAAGGUGUUAUAGGCCAUGCUUGGUGGCAUUAAAUGAUUUCAUUAAAAUGUAUUGGUGGCACUUUUAUAAAUGGGCUACUUUUAGAUUAAGAACCAAACCUAAAACUCUCCUAACUGUGAAUACUUAGAUUUAUAGAUUAAUUGCAUUCUAGAUUUGUGAGUUAGGUGACAAAGCACUUGAACAAAAAUUAUGGCAUUUGAGAAUUUAUUUACAUAUCUUCAUUGUAAAAAUGAAAAAGUAUUGGUUGGUCUUAGAAUCUGAUACCUUCAUGAUGAAAAGAAAUUUAUUUUAUAAGUGUUAUGACUCUAAUAAAAUAUUCAUUUGGUAA